CACACACACACACACACACUCUCUCUCUCUCUCUCUCUCUCUCUCUCUCUCUCUCUGCUGAGGAUGCUGUGUGUGUAAAUUAUCUCUCCAUCUCUAAUACAGACAUGUGAACUGAUCGUGCAACCUUUUCUCACUGACGCUGAACGUCUUGCAAGCCACUUGAAAACAACAGCUUUUGGUGUCUGUCAAAAUUGAGCAAGAUGCAAGAAUAUAUAAUUGAGCUUUUAAAACUGUGAAAGCAUCUCAGAAAGUCCUCAAAAAGAAAUGAAACUAAAAUUAAACUGACAGUCAUGAGAACCUAGAACCACUGUUUUUUAAUGAAACAUGAGCAUGACUGACAAGCUUGGUGGACCUGUUGGACCUAGCUUUCAGAACAAUGAUGGGGAAAUCAUAAACAACAACAGACGCUCAGAGCUUUCUUGGGAUGGGGAUGCUAAUGCAAAUGAAAUUACAAGUAAAGAUGGUAGAACUUCGGAGGACAUUGGUACUCAGUCUUCUUUUGUAUCUCAUAUUGAGGAACAGGACAAAAUCAUCAUCUGGGGGACAGACUCUCAGUAUGAUGAUCCUGAACUGGCAGAGUUUGAGAUGUUGGAAUGUCAGGAACUGGAGGCCUACCUUGUUGAUUCAGAGGACAGUUAUGUAAAAGAGGACACUACUACAUUAGGAACCAUUUCCAAAUCCAUCACUCAAAAAGACCCAAAACAUGAGGUUAAGGAGCAAGAAACGCACAAGUCCAUCAGCAAAGAGAUGGAGACAUGUACUUCUAAAGCUGAGUUUAGCUCAGAUAAUGAUGUAUUUGUAUCUUGUUACUCCACAAUGUCCAGCCUUGCCUCACAGUCCUGUCUCACAAUCUCAGAUAAAAGCAGAAGUUCUCCACACACUGAAGGCAAUCAUGUAGAUCUCAAUCUGAACACUACUAUCCUUCUAGAGGAACCUUUUUUAGAAGCACAAGAAAACGGAACAGCUCAAAAACAACCUGUUAAAACAUGUAGAGUAUCCUCAGACCCUUUGACAAAUGACUUAAAUGAAUGUAAAUCAACCAUUGCAGGUGCUAAAAAUGAGCACAAUACAAAAGAAAAUACCAGUGAAAACAAUGAAGAUGCUGCUGAGAAACACCUGACUUCAAUUAAGGAAGAAUGCAAACAUAAAGAUCCAAAAACGGUUUCGUUUCAGCAAAAAUCCUGCCAACCAUUUGGGUCAGAUGAUGCACAAUCUUUUUCAGUGGCCAGCAAGACUCCUCACAAUACCAGUCAUGAAGUAAAAUCUAAAAAAUCUCAAAAGGAGGACACUUCAGAAAUGACUCAAAGAUCCUUCAAGCAAGACUCCAUAGAAACACUCAGUCACAGUGUGGUAGCAGAACCCAGACUGUACCAGAAACAGGCAUCUUUUGAAAACAUUCAGAGUGCUAGCCCAUCCAGCCUGGAAAGGAAAAUACCAUGGAGCACUUCAUCCCAUCCUUCUACUCCUCAGUUUUCUAAGACCACCAGCUCACCAAAACGACAAACUCUAUCUUCACCAGCCAGAACUGUCAGCACACGAACUCCAAACCUGGAACCUUCUGGUUCUCCGCAGAGGCUUGCUAGUGGUUUGAAGCUUCCAAGUAAAAGCUGUUUCAGUAGUGGCAUCCCAAAACCAAUUUCUCCUCAACAGCCACCUAUAUCAGAAUCCGGAUUUAUCAAGUCUUCUCCUCCUCAACGGCCUAAAAAUGUCCGGCCAAAAAUCAUCACUUACGUCCAUAAGAGCCCUCAGCCAAAGCCACAUUCCUCAGAGAGCUCAUAUGAAGCAUCUACUCUGCCUUCAAGGCUUUCACCAUACUCUAGUGUGCAGGCAACAAAAGAACAAAAAGUUGUAGUAUCUAGAGGCUCACCAGUGAAGAGCUCCUCUAACAUCCUACAUGACAAAUAUCGACAGGAUUUGCAAAAAUCUGGAUACUACUCACCACCUUGCCUGAUGAUGUCUGGAAUCAGACAACCAGUUCAUACUGUACCUCAUAAAAUGGUAGGAAAGUCAGAAAGUUUUCAUGGUGAACUCCCAGGCAAAUAUCUGCACGAGGUGGGCAGAGGUGUCCACCUUGGUGCACAUGAAGUAGCUGGUGCCUGUCGAUCACCAAGGGCUCUAAGGCCUCAGCUCGGCCUUGGAGCUGUUACAAGACAACCUACAACCAAAGCCAGGAUGCUGAUGACAGGACAGAGAUCAGCUUCACCUCUCAGCCACUCAGCUUCACUAGGGCAAACUGCACACUGCUACCAAGAUUCCACAGGGGAGGUAAAGAAGCCCAUAUUAGUGGUUGCUCCCAAAUCCUUCCUCCCAAAAUCAGGUCAGUCUGGCCUGCGCCCACCGGGCUUCUCCCACCUACCUGUUGCACGCCUGGCAGCUUUUGGCUUCGUUCGCAGUGCCAGUGUGUCCUCCGUGUCCAGCAACCAAUCCAAUGAUAGUACUCACAGCAGCCCAAGCCACCCUCCUCACUGUCAAAACAGGGAAAAUGAGGAGAACGUUGUGCCUCGUGCUUCUUUUUCACCCAGUGACAGGGGCAGCGGUAGACGAUCUAGCCUUGGAAAUACCCAGAGUGCAAACCGGCGCUCUGUGGUGCCUCCACCUCGUGGUUCACCUGUUGCUGCUAAAAAGGAGUUUAAAAGAGAUGGAGAUGUUGCUCAUCCUGCUCUGUCCUCUCCGAAGAGAUUUGCAAUGGUCUCACCCAAGCCUCAUUCCCCUGUGCGUCAGAGGUCAUGUGUGGCGCAUCUCGGAGGCCGGAGAGAGGGAUUGGAUGCGGAGCGUGAGCGUGAGCGUCUCUUGGCGGUACAGGGGCUAAAAGAGCGCUGUGAGGAACAGGCCAAGCAAAUCAUUGCCCUUCAGGCCCAGCUGGAAAAAACCUCACUCUGCAUGGACAUCUUGGGGAUAACCACUCAGCACUUCUGCCACAAGAACGAGAAUGCCUUGGUGAAGGAGAGGGAGUUGUCCCUGGAGCUUUCCAGGAUCAGGGAUGAAGUGGUGGUCAGCGUGGGCCGGUGGGAGCGCUUGCAGGGUGAGAAGGCUGAGUUGGAGCGCAUUUUUGAGCAGCAGCUGAGGAAGCUGAAGGACGAGCAGGAGAAGGAUCUUCGGGAUCUGAAGGAGAGGCUCAUAGAAGAGCAGCAGAAGGCGAUUGCACUUCUGCAGCAACAGCAGAGCAGCCAGCUAGAGCAGCUCAGCACCCAGCAUCAACAGCAGGUGGAAGAGAUGAGUGAGAGCCAUGAGGCGGCCAUGCUGGAGAUGGAGGCCGCUCAAAGUGCCACACUUGUCACUUUACAGGAGGAGCAUGCUAGGACGGUCAAAAAUCUCAAGAUGGCACACGAACAGCAGAGAACCCUGGAAGAAGAAUUUGAAAAACUCAGAUUGUCACUGCAGGAUCAGGUGGACACACUGACGUUUCAGAACCGCAGCUUGAGUGAUCGAGCCAAACGCUUCGAGGAGGCGCUGCGCAGAAGUACAGAUGAACAGAUUGUGGAAGCUUUGGCCCCAUAUCAGCACAUAGAAGAGGAUCUUAAGAGUCUCAAAGAGGUUCUAGAGAUGAAGAAUCAACAGAUCCACCAACAAGAAGUCAAGAUAUCUGAGUUGGAGAAACUGGCUCAGAAGAAUGCCUUGUUGGAGGAGCGUGUUCAGGUGCUGCAGCAGCAGAAUGAGGACCUCAAGGCGAGAAUAGACCUCAACCUUGCCAUGUCCAGGCAACUGUCAGAGGAGAACGCAAACCUGCAGGAGUACGUGGAGAAGGAGAGUAAUGAGAAAAAGCGCUUGAGUCGCACAAACGAAGAGCUGCUCUGGCGUCUGCAAACGGGUGAAUUGAGCCCACGCAUGUCACCAAACCAGUCGCCACUCCAUCGACCUUCUUCAAGCCCUGGCUCGCCAUCCCAUCUCCCACCCUUUCCUAGAUGAACUCAACUAUCUUUCUUUCACUUUCUUCCUCUCUUUCAGUCUGUUCAUUAGUUCCAUUUCUAACUGCUCCCUCUUUAAUCAGGCAAAAGUGCAAGCAGACACUUAAGGUGCUUUCAGUAGUGAUAUAGACUGUAUCAGUUGAGCGUUAUGUGCUGUAAAUGGGUGCUGAUAACUAGGUUAUCUCAGGAGGUUCAGGAGGAGUGUGUCUGAAUUCAAAUCCCUAAGUCCUCUGUAACUCACAAUCAGACAUUUUUAAUUCUUUAAGAACAAACGGGACUCCAUGUAGAGCAGUUUCAGCAUAACACAACAUGGAAAGACAGCCCAUUAGUUUGUUCAUUUUAACAACUUUUUUAAUGACCAUUAUCAUGUAAAUCUGAACACAGUCAGUUUUUUAAAUGCUCAUUUUUCUACCCUACUUGAAUCACGCAUAAUGAAGUACAGACUACCACUGGCGUGAUUAGCAAAUUGGCAGUAUAAUUUAGCUUCUACAGUGCUUGUAUGUCAAACUUUGCUUUAAACCAGCAUUUGCAGCUUAAAUAGGAUGAACACUGAAAAAGACAGCAUAAACAAUACACAGGAUUCCUAUAUUGAAUUAUUUAUUCAUUCAGUCAUUUCCAGCAAGUGAUUUAUCUUGCCCAGAGUCAUUUGUAAAUUUGCAUCCCAUCCCGAGAACACUGGGCAUGAGGUGGGAAGACAUCCUGAUUUGGACACCAGGCCAUCACUGGCAUCAUCCAAACACUUUGUUUAGUGAAGACAGUUCAUUUGCUGACGUUUUUCUAGGGGGGGUGAAAGGAACAGAGAGAACUCAACCACAAAGAGCAUGUACAGAAACAUCCGGAAAUCUUUCUGUGAAUAUUGCAUUAUACCAAACAUUAUAUUAUAAUCAAAGUUGCCAUUGUUCCCCCUUAUUUAUUAUUUCAUAAUAUUUAAAAAUAAAUACAUAGAAAACAGUACUCUGUAAUCUACUUAACUAUUGUAGUUUAAUUUUAAAAGUUGUAGUUUAGUGAAACAAUAAGAAACAAACCAAUUUAUUGUACAAUAGAGAUAAAUACAGCUAAUUCAGGGCUGCUAAUAAGAGGCAUGAAGCUGGCCCCCUUUUUUAAAGCUUUUUUAAUAUGGGGAAAAAAAAUCCCUCUUCUCAUUUACAGCAUGGAGGGCAAAAUCAAAGGUCAAUACAGCCCAAUUUUGGUGUCUAGAGCAAAAUCUUGCUCAGCACCUUUACCUCCAUUUCCCAGUUUAAAAUCCUAGACAGGUCGGUAAACAGCUGCUUUUAACAAAAUUACCUAGAUAACUUUAUAUCAACAAUAACUCAAGCUCUGCAAUAAACCAGAGAUCCAGGAGCUGUAAGGUGGAAAUGUUAGUUGCUGUGAAUGCCAUACUGUCACCCCAGUACAUUAUUAUUAUUCAUCCAGGUCCAUAGUAAAGUUGCGCACUGAUACAACACAGAACACAUUUCACAUGAAUAUUGUUUUCUCUGCAAAUAUACUGUACAGUCCUGAUUGUACUGAUAUAGUAAUAGUGACCAUCACUGUCCGUAUACAACCAAAGUAGUGGCUCAUUCAUUCUUCUAAGUUUUAAAAAGAUUUAAAAAAACACAAUUAGGAAAGUAAAAUAUGUUCACAGUCUAUUUAAUGUACUUUACUAGGCUGUUCUCAACAUUACUCUCUUCUCAGUGGAAAAUAUUCAUGCCUUCAUGUUUUGGUCAGCAAUGUUUACAGAACUUUGUUAGCCUCCAUUCAGGAAAACUGCCACUGCUGUUCCUCUCAUGGACAAACUUCCAAUACAAGUCUUCCAUUUGACCACAGAUGUUGUAUUUGGAUAGCAACCUGCUAACGCAACACCGAAGAGAUUUCAUCAUGUGCAGGAGACAGACUUGGCUACACUCGAAUGUUGCUAAGCUAACAUAAGGCUAUAUCAAGAUAAUACCAUAUUUCUAGUUUUGCAAUGUUAGCCCUUGAGCUACAGUACAUUAUGCCAAACCUGCUAGCAUGCUCAAAUUUUACAGUGAUGUACUGUAGAUCAUCUGUCAAACAUGAAAUGCAGAGAGUGUCAGGAAAUUAACUGUUAUUGUGUAACAUUAAGUUUGAAUUUAUCAACAACAACAAAAAAAAGAUGUUUUGAUAGCAUGGGAAGUACUUUAGCAUUUUACUAGUUCACUUUUUGAAAUGAUGCUAUGUCAGCUGUGUUUCUGGUUACACAGAGACUUUUAGGAUAUACACAUUUUAAAGCCAUUAUGCAUCUCUAUUUUUACUAUUCCAGUAUCAAAUUCACCCUUUCUUUCUUUUUUUCCCCCUGCAAAGCAAAGGCAAAACACAAACGCAAAAACAAACUAGCUCGUAAAUUAGGAAGAGCCCAGGAAUUGAGACUGGGAGCCAAUGUGUUAUCAAUGAGCAAGAUACAUUAAUCUUUCUUCCAUUAGCUAUGCCACAAUACCAGUGAAACAUAAAACAAAUAAAUAAUUUAAGUUUGCCCACUAUAAUCCAAAUCCCUGAGUAUACGUUAGUGAUGAGUGAUGAGAAAUGAAAGCAAAAGUGAGAAAGUAAAAAUGUUUGUCUUCUUUAUUUUUUAAGUUAAUUAAUUAUAAUCAUUGAAUGAAUGAUGUUAUUUAUUUGCAGAUGUCAGUAUAUAGUAAGUGUACUUACUGAAUGUUUUCUACGAUUACUGUAGGUUUUUACAGUACUAUAUUGUAUUUAAUUUAACCAGUCAGUGUCUGACAAUCCCACAAACCUCCAAAGCUAAAAAAAAAAAAGCCUUUGUCUCAUUCUCAGUGUUGAACUCUGUUUUUUUUUUUGUAUUCUUUUUUUUAUAUUGCAUUUUGUAUUGUGCAUUACUAUCAUUUGUCCCAGUCUAAUAUUAAUCUCAGGUUCUGAAGGUUCUGUUGAAGGCGCUUAAAUAUACUAUGUACAAUUAUAGCAAAUGAUAUGUUUUUAACUUAAAGCUUACACAUGAAAUAAAAUUGGUAUUGGGUGUAAUACACUUCACAGAGAACAGUAUAUCAGGUAAACACUGUGGGGAAAGAGAAUGAGAAAUAACAUUUAACAUUUUCAUAAUUAGUCUAUUUGUGUCCAACAUUGGAAUUGCAUUGUAUCCAGUUUUUCCAGUAGCUUGGUACAAUUUUUUUGUGUGUCAAUCCCAUAGACAUUUUCAUUUUAUAGGUUGAACUGUGCAUUAUUCUUUCUAAGUUUACGUGUCUUCAUUUAUGUUGUAAAAGUUAUGUGUUUUUAUGUUCUAUCCGAAAUAAGAGCAUGUCUUAAAGCUGUGAUUUUGUUGUAUUAAGUUGCUCUUGUAAACCAUGUAAGUAAAGCUUAGAUUACAGUUUGAAACUAGGAUGUGUUCAGAGAGAUCUGUUUGUUUAUAUAUUGCACUUUUGGAAUUGACUGUAAAUUCAAGACCACGGUUUAGGCACUUUCAAAAGAAUGAGUGAACAUUAUUUACAGUUUACAAGAAUCCUAUUCAGAACUAAUUUAGCCUACAUGAUAUAUCAGGCAGCAGCUAUGUAUGAUCUACUAAAGUCAAUUAAUGCAUUGGUUUAUAAAUAAAAGAAAAUAGUAUCAUAUCAUUGUGUUUUUAGUUUGACAUUAUUUUCAUAGAGCUUUUAACCAUGUACAUUGUUAAUAAGCAGAAACGAGGAUCAUUUAAAAUCAAUACACUAGUUAAUUCCUUUAGGUUAUGUCAGUGCUUACUGUGUCCCUGACACAAAAAUCAGCACAGACAUUCGCAGCACAAACAUUUAGAGCAGCAUGAAGUAAUGCAUUCAUGCAAAUCAUUAAUCUGCAUGUCAGGGUGACUGUGGAGCUAAAGUUUGAUUGUGAUUGAUCCUGGACUGUGUAGGUAGUAG